AUGUACAUUGCAGGGGAUAAAAUCAUUCUGACAUUGAUUAUGGCAGAAUGCAUAAUCGGAAUGUUGGGGAACACGUUCAUUGCAUUGGUAAACCUCUCUGAAUGUGUCCAGAACCAAAAGAUAUCCUUAGCUGACCUCAUCCUUACCUGCUUGGCCAUCUCCAGGAUAGGUAAUCUGUUCAUGUCAUUGUUACAGUCAUGUAUAAAAGAACUCCAUCCACAUUUAUAUUCUACUUUUGAAGUAAAAAGACUUGUUCAUAUCCUUUGGAGAAUGACUAAUCACUUGACCAUCUGGUUUGCCACCUGCCUCAGCAUCUUCUACUUCCUCAAGAUAGCCCACUUCUCCCACCCCCUCUUCCUCUGGCUGAAGUGGAGAAUGGACAGAGUAGUUCUUGGGCUGGUUAUGUUCUCAUUGUUCUUGCUGAUAUUUGAUUUUCUGUGGAUAGAUAAGCUUAUUGGUAUCUUAUUGACUAGCUACAUCACAGAUAAAGGUAACAUGACUUUGAAUUCAGAAGAAAGACACAGUUUCCAUGUUAAAAUUCUGUCUCUUGGUAACUUGACUUACUUUAUCCCUUUUGUUCUGUCCCUGACCUCACUGCUCCUUCUGUUUCUGUCCUUGGUGAGACAUGCUAGAAAUCUGCGGCUCAACUCCAAGGGCUCUGGAGAUGUCAGCACACAGGCCCAUAAAAGGGCCAUGAAAAUGGUGCUGUCUUUCCUCCUCCUCUUCACAGUUCAUUCUUUUUCCAUACAAUUGAUGUAUUGGGCAUCCUUUACAUUUUAGAAGAACAAGUUAAUUAAUUUUGUAGUUCUAUUUUUUUUUUUUUUAGUAUUAAAUAUCUUUCCCUCAGGCCACACAUUUCUUCUUAUUCUGGGAAAUGUCAAACUGCGACAGGCAGUCUUGAGGUUACUGUGUCAUCUUAAAAGAUGCCUGAGAAAGAACAAAAGUAUAAGCUUUAUGGGUAGAUUUUCUAGAGCCUUUUCUAAGAGAAUUUCAUAA